CCCGCCGCGGCCACCGCCGCCCAGCGUCGCCGCCGGAAAGUUUGCGCGCGGCUGGCGCGGGGCGAGGACGCGGAGCCGGCGCCGAGCCCGAUCCGGCAGCGCCGCGGAGACGAGCGGUCGCCGACCCCGACCCGAGCGCGCAGAGAACGGCGGGGAGCGUGGAGCCGGAGUCGGAGCGCCGGACCCUGCUGCUCUGAUACUCGGCAGCCCCCAGAGGAGCCUGCGCGCCCAAGAAGACCCCUUUGCCCCAGCUGUGCAGCCCCAGCCAGAUGUGGGGGGCAGCAGCCCAGAGGCAUGCCCCCUACCUGGCCACGCCGCCCCCACCUCCUCCUGCUGCUGCUGCUGCUGGCCUGCCAGCCCCAGGCCCCGUCCGCUCAGGUGAUGGACUUCCUGUUUGAGAAGUGGAAGCUCUACGGUGACCAGUGUCUCCACAACCUGAGCCUGCUGCCACCUCCCACCGAGCUGGUCUGUAACAGGACCUUCGACAAGUAUUCCUGCUGGCCAGACACCCCUCCCAAUACCACAGCCAACAUCUCCUGCCCCUGGUACCUGCCCUGGCACCACAAAGUGCAGCACCGCCUCGUCUUCAAGAGGUGUGGGCCGGACGGGCAGUGGGUGCGUGGGCCCCGGGGGCAACCGUGGCGAAAUGCCUCCCAGUGCCAGAUGGACGACGAGGAGAUCGAGGUCCAGAAGGAGGUGGCCAAGAUGUACAACAGCUUCCAGGUGAUGUACACUGUGGGGUACUCCCUCUCCCUCGGGGCCCUGCUCCUGGCCCUGGCCAUCCUGCUGGGCCUUAGCAAGCUGCACUGCACCCGAAAUUACAUCCACAUGAACCUGUUUGUGUCCUUCGUGCUCAAGGCCAGCUCUGUGCUGGUCAUCGACACGCUGCUCGAGACGCGCUACAGCCAGAAGAUCGGCGACGACCUCAGCGUAAGCAUCUGGCUGAGUGACGAGGCAGUGGCCGGCUGCCGGGUAGCCGCAGUGUUCAUGCAGUAUGGCAUCGUAGCCAACUACUGCUGGCUGCUGGUGGAGGGUGUGUACCUGCACAGCCUGCUGGGCCUUGCCACUUUCCCGGAGAGGAGCUUCUUCACCCUCUACCUGAGCAUUGGCUGGGGUGCCCCCAUGCUAUUCGUCAUCCCCUGGGCAGUGGUCAAGUGUCUAUUCGAGAAUAUCCAGUGCUGGACUAGCAAUGACAACAUGGGCUUCUGGUGGAUCCUGCGCUUCCCUGUCUUCCUGGCCAUCCUGAUCAACUUCUUCAUCUUUAUCCGCAUCAUUCACAUCCUCCUGGCCAAGCUGCGAGCCCACCAGAUGCGUUACACUGACUACAAAUUCCGGGCCUGCUGGUGGCUGUUCUCUACUGUUUCCUCAACAAGGAGGUGCAGUCGGAGCUGCUGCGUUGCUGGCAUCGCUGGCGCGUGGGUAAGGCCCUGCAGGAGGAGUGCCACAUGGGGAGCCACACGACCGCAGCCCGGCCCGCCGGCAGCACCCCCCGCGAGAAGCUACUGCUCUCCAGGGGUGGCGGCAGCAAUGGGGCCAGCCAGGACCCCUCAGCAGAGACCCACUUGGCUGGCGGCCUCCCUGGGUUGGCUGAGCGCCCCUUCUGACGUCCCCUGGAACCCCAGCUGGGGCUGGACUCAGGUGCUGAGAGAGGGCAUCGCCAGAAAAUCCAGAACCGGAUGCCCGACGGAGGCGGCAGGGGUGGGAGCCAGACAGCAGCCCCAUCGUCCCCGUGUCCCCCAGGGUGGUGGUCUGAGGGGCAGGGCCUCCUCUCCCCACACCUGCACUGUGCCGGGGUCGGGGACAGAGUGUUGUAGGGGUAUAAGCUGUUCUUCAAAUGCAUGCCUGCGUGUCCCCGUGUGUGUUGGUGUGUCCAGUAUUCAAGGAAAUGUGUGUCCUCCAACAAUAAAGAGCUCAAGUAGUGGCCGCUGUGCACACCCUGGAGAGCUGGGCUGCAGGAGAGGGGCAGGCUGGGCCCAGGGCCUCCAUGUAGAAAAAGAGCAGUGUGGCUGGGGCCUCGUGCUGGUGUGCUGCCUCUGGGAGGCCCCCUUUUACAGAUGAAUUGGAGCUGGAACCCCUGAUGGUCCCCAAUGUGUGAGUGGUGGCUGGCGGUGCCCCUCCCUGUCUCCACCAGAGCCAUCCUCCCAUCCUGGUUCAGGAGGGGCUCACUCCCAACCUGGGCCAGAGUGAAUGGUCCCCCAUUAGCUUUGGCCCUCAGCACCCAGAAUCUCACCAUUUGCCAGCAGAGGAAUGUGAACAGGGGUGAUGGCCGAGGGAGACCACCAGCAUCACACUCCUACUACCAACCCCACACAGACACCCCUGGCUCCCCCUGGAACCGCAGCCAGGGCUGGACUCAGGCCCAGCAAGGGCAUUGCCGGACAAUCCAGCACCGGCUGUCCUCUGCUGGUCUCUCCUUCAUCCUGGCUCUAGCCACCCCAGCGGUUCGCAGGCCAUGCAGCAGACUGAAGCGGAGGGAAGUCGACCCCCAAACUUGAAAUGGGCCAAGUGAAGGCAGCAGCAGUUUCCCAGGACCUCUGCAUGGCCCUGCUGUGGCCACUCAGCAUAGAGGCCCAGGCCACUCCAGUCCUUGCUGCGCCAGGUGUGCACGGAAAGGCAGCUGUGUGCAGUGAGGACAUCGUCCCUGGCUUGGUGGGUGGGCACCCUGCUUGGCAGGCAGUGAAGGCUUAUGCUCGCCAGGAAAGAGAUAAGCAUGGGACAUCGGAAGAGCCAGGCGGUAUGCUGGAGUAGGGGUCCUGAUUGUCUGGGGUGCACCCUGAGGUCCAAGUUGCCAUCUGGGGACAGUGUGUCUGGUGUAGAGAGUGGAGGCAGGUGCAGGAGCAGAAGUCCAUGUGGAGACUGUGGGCCCCCCUCUAGAGCACCCCCUGCGGCCAGUCCCGUGAUGCCUGGUGGGGUGUGUAUGGGGAGAGGGGCGCUGUCAAAGGAGGAAGGGGCCACAGGAGGAGAAAGCACAAGCCAGCCCGGCUGGUCAGCCAGGUGUCCCUGCUCCCAGGAGCUGGUGGGAGGCAAGUGCUGGGCCCUGGGGGAGGUGGCCAUGUCCCCCGCCCGGCCACGUGGGCUGGAGCUGCUCAGGCAGAGCCGGGCUAAUUGGAGCAAAUGAGAGGACAGGAGGCCUCUCAGGAAAGGUAAAUAGAAUUACUCACCCGCCAGGCACUGGGGCCCUCCUCAGGGGCCUUCACCCCGUGCCACCCACGCCCAUUGCAGACCUGGAUGCAGCAGAGAGGGAAGUGACGAGGGGUCCUCAGGGAGGGGCGGGAAGCCAUCAGGGGAAAUUGGGCUCUCCUGUGGCCCAGGUGGGUUGCCAGUGUUACUGUGUUGGCGGGGGCUGCAGGGUGGGGCACAGUGCAGCCAGCUGCACCUCUGCAGGACCUGUGGGCAGGGCCACCCUGCAGCUGGAGGCCUGAGGCCCCUGACCUUGAGACUUCAGGCCACAUCUUGUCCCAGACCCCACAGGCCCCAGGCCCAGACUCUCCUCUGAGCCGCUGCCACAGGGGCACCCUGCCAGCCCUCACGCCCAGAGCUUGUGUGGGCACAAGCAAGCACAGGCAGGACACAAGUUCUCCUUCACGCCGGCUGAGCUCAGGGUUGGUGACUGCCCCGGGGGUGUGCCACUCACCUAGGGGCCUCCUGACAGCCCUCCCCACACUGACCCCCCUCUGCCCUUGUACUCCUUCACCUCUGUCCCUGUCCCCAAGGGAACUAGAGCAAGCUGGUGGAGUCAGGGGCGGAGGCAGAGGCCUGGCAGGGGCUGGACUCGCCUAGCCGAUAAACAUUGGUUCUGACCAGGCAACUCUGCAGGUGGGGUGGAGGGGGGAUGGGUGGGAGAACCCACUUUCUAACUCAGGGCCCAGAACCCACAAAGCAUCACUUCCCAUCCAUAAAGAUGAACACUCCAGGCCCUCUGCCCCUCCCCCAUCUCUACUUCCCUUCCCACCUCCACCCCAGUCCCUCCCCUCAGGCCAUCCCCCAGUAUGGACCCCCAGUGUGGGUAUGGCCCAGCUUGUGUGUGUGUGUGUGUGUGUGUGUGUACACGCUACUAAAAUGAGGUUGGAGACCAAGAAAGAGGAAAACAUGGACUACGAUAAACAGGAAUCAACCCUAGGAGAGCCAAGGGGCAGCCCCAGGAUGGCAGCUGUGUGCCACACAGGGUGGGUCCCUGAGGGGAGGGUGCCUCAAGCAGGGCAGAAGGCUCCAGGAGAGACACUCUCAAGGGGAUCAAAGUGACUGAGCACACUGGGAGGAGAUUUAGAUGACCUGGACUUAAUUCGUGUUAGUACAUAGAAAACUAAGCAAAUGAAAAAAGAAGGCAAUCAAUAACUCCAAGGAAAACAAGAAGUUGGGCAGAAAAGAAAAAACAGUCACAAUUUACCACAGGGCUCAGCUCUGAAUACAAACGUAGACAUCAUAAUGUAAAUAGUCUACACUGAUGUAACCAAAGUCAUGAGAGAAAAAAAGAACUGUCCAGGGAGGGUGGUGGAUGGGAAGUGUGCAUGCGCAUAGUGGGGGUGGGGGAGAAAACAAAAUGGGAAGAUCAAGAAAUAACAGUUCCUGCAUGCUACUUAGAAAUAGAAACACAAACCAAAGAAUCGACUUAAGAGCUGAAAGUGGUUGCCUCUGGGUGAGGGGUGGGAGAAGGCUAAGGGCUGCAGGGCCACUCUCUAAGCCGCUCCAGCCUCUUGCAGGACACUUGGGCAGCCCUCAGCCCCAGAUCCUCCCCCGCCUGCUUUCUCUGACCUUGCUUUCCACUGCUCAGUCCUUUUCCUGCUUCCUCCUCCUCUCCCUGACUGCAGUGCCCAGGGAUCAGGUCCCACCCUCCUCCCUUCUUUAUCCAUCUUUAAACAUCAAUAUUCAGAUGACUUCCAGUCUGUAUCUGCAGCCCCGUGGCCCUCCCAAAUCCAUGCUUUAGACUGAGCUCCCUACCUGGCACCUCAAAUUCCACACGUCCACCUCAAGCUCCUUACUGCCCCCGACCCAGCUUCCUCCUUCCACGGCUCACUGAGGCAGCCCUCCUGACAGGUCCUGCUUCUACCCUGAACCCAGCAGCCCAUUCUCAACACAGUAGCCAGAGCAAUCCUUGUAUAUCCAGGCUUCUCCUAUGAAUCCCAUGAAACCUCCAUCUCUCGCCUCAGUUCACAGAAAUGCAGAACACAGAGAAGCCUGUUAACACUACAAGGAUGUGACCAGCCAAGUUCAGAAUAUGGGAAGCUCCAUCAUCAAGUGCCCAGGGGCCUUCAAUACAUAAAUGGAAGGAAGGGGAUGGGCCUGUGAUUAAAAAGGACUUAGGGACCUGUCUAGCAGCUGCCCCAGAUGCACUCUGCCUUCCUGUCCUGAGUCCAUAACCCACCUAGAAUGUUAUUUAGGACGUUAGGGGAAUACAGACCGGGUACUUGAUGGUAUUAGGGAAUUAUUGUUCAUACUCAGUAAACACGAACAUGCUCAGAGUACAUACUCAAUAAAAAUUGACUAAGUUAAAAUUCUGAUCAAAAUAAAAGCUUAAAAAGUCAGAAUAAGGGGCUGGCCCCAUGGCCGAGUGGUUAAGUUCGUGCGCUCCGC